CUUGUUCUGAAACAGGGAAGGAGCACGGGUAAAAUGCCCGAGCCGGCCAAGUCCGCCCCCGCGCCCAAGAAGGGCUCCAAGAAAGCCGUGACCAAGACGCAGAAGAAGGGCGACAAGAAACGGCGCAAGAGCCGCAAGGAGAGCUACUCGAUCUACGUGUACAAGGUGCUGAAGCAGGUGCACCCCGACACGGGCAUCUCGUCCAAGGCCAUGGGCAUCAUGAACUCCUUCGUCAACGACAUCUUCGAGCGCAUCGCCGGCGAGGCCUCGCGCCUGGCGCACUACAACAAGCGCUCCACCAUCACCUCGCGGGAGAUCCAGACGGCCGUGCGGCUCCUGCUGCCCGGCGAGCUGGCCAAGCACGCCGUCUCCGAGGGCACCAAGGCCGUCACCAAGUACACCAGCUCCAAGUAGGGCGUCUCUGCCCUGCGUCAGACCUGCUCGACCCAAAGGCUCUUUUAAGAGCCACCUACAUACUCCAUGAAAGAGCUUUAACACAGGAGUUUCUCGGUCUUUUUAGGUGUGAAAACUUACUUAAAUACUGAAAUGCUGAAUAGAACUUGAAAUAAAUCUUGCUAAAUCACAGUUAUCAGA